UCACUAUCAUUACAUAUAAACACACACGGAUCAGGGCAACGCGUAACUGGAGUCCUUCGCAUAACGCGGAUUUUUGUGCUCCAUUAGACGGAAAUUGUUUUGUGUAGACUCAUAAAAUCAUCGUUAGGAGUAUCAAAUUGAAAGAGAAGACUCGACAUUUAGAUACUCAGCUGAGGCAUAAUAUCUCGUCUCAACAGCUAAGAUGUCGUUCAACAAUUAUGGUGGAGGAGGAGUUCCUAACCCAUGGGGUAACUCUGCAGGAAAUUUCCAGGCCAACCCUGGAAUUGCUGGAAUAGGUGGUUUUGCCGGGAACGCAGGAAUCAACCUAAACAACCUGAAUACACCGCAAGCUCAGCUCGCAGUUGGUUUGAUAAGUAAUCUGCUGACCAUUCAGCAGCAGCAGCAGCAACAACAACAACCACCACCACCAGUCCAACCACAAUUGAAUAUGAUGGGUUUGGGUGGCAUGGGCCCCAUGAACAGUGGCUUCAGACAGGGUGGACAGGGCAGUAACCAGGGAUAUUCGACGCGCAGAUAUUCUCCCCCACGACGUAGAUUCCGUUCGCCGUCUCCUCGUCGCCACCAGCAAGCACGACGACCAACUGCCAGUAAUUCUGGAAAGUCUUAUGCUGAUAACCACCGCAGGAUGCCUGUCAAGAGGGACCAUGUGGGCUAUCAGCAAAAUAAAAAGAGACCUGAAGGAAAAAACGAAUGGAAGAAGAAACCUGACCUGAAGAGGGAUGAUGAAGAAGAAAAGCACGAGGAAAUGCCUGGAACGGCAGAGUCUGAGCGAGAGCAAGCGCAGACAGCUGAUGAGAACAGCAAUGCACCAAAUUUGGCUGAGGAGGAGAGUCCAGAAGUGACCAAGAAGGAAAAGCCUGAGGUUACAGUCGAAGAGGGAAAGGCUGAGGAAGCAAAGAAGGAUAACGUAGAUGAAAAAAGCCCAAGUAAAGGGGACAAGAAGACAGAGGACAGGAGUGCUUCUUAUGAAGGACUGCCGGGUGCAGCUUUCCGCUGUCAUUUGUGCAAGAAGAGCAUGUGGGACGCAAGGUCCUUUGACAAUCAUGUUCGCGGAAUCGCCCAUUUGCGAAUGCUGGACAGAGUGGAGAAGGACUAUGGCGAAAAGGCCAAGACCCUUCGUGAAGCUUGCCAUGCGGAGGAGAUGCGGAUCCAGCAAGACCAGGAGUACCAAGCCAGAAUGAAGAACAAACCUCUUCCGUCGCGGCGUGACUUUUGCAAAAUGUGCGAUAUGGUCAUUUACGGUUCAGUCCUUGACCACCGGCGCUCAUCUCAGCACCAGGCUCUGAAAAACCAUUUGCAUCCGAAAUGCUCGACCUGCCAGAUUGAUCUGCCCUCUAGAAUCGAUCUGGACAUCCAUGUCCUGACUUCAGCACAUUUGAAACGUCUUUUCAGAGACAUGCUUAAAAAGCCAAAAGAGGAUAAGAGGGAGGAAACCCGUGACAAAUCAAAGCAAAAGAAAACGGGGCCUGUCGGAGAGUAUGAUCCAGAUGUGGCAGUUGGGGAGAAUUACCUGGUCAAGGUGACUGGGAUUUUUUGCGAGCUCUGUCGUCAGUUCUUCUUUAGAACUGAGGAAUCUCUUAAAUUGCACUGCAAGACCAAAGAGCAUCACGCUAAAGUGGUGGCUGCUCAGGCUAAAGUCUUGCAAGCAGAAGAAAAGGAGGCGGAACAAGAGGAUUCUGAAAAGAAGGAAGCAGAAGAAAAAAAUGGUGACGAGCCAGAGGCAAAGAAAACUAAGCAGGUUGAUGAUGUGUAUGACCCAUUCUCUGCUGAUGCUGAAGAGAUGGAUGCCAAUGAAGAAAAUCAGGAUUGCCUCCUUGAGGAGCUCGAAGCUGAAAUGGAGAGUGCUCCUUAUGAUCUUGAGCUUGAUACUUCUGUUGGAAACACUGCUGACCCUGUCAAUGAGGAGGAUGCCAUCAAUGAGGAGAAGGAUGCCAUCAAUGAGGAGGAGGAGGAUGCCAUCAAUGAGGAGAAAGAUGCUGCCAACAAUGAAACUUCUAAGGAGGCCACUGAAAACACAGAGAUGCAGUUUGACGAGGAAUUGGUCGCAGAUAUGCCUGAAGCAGGAACAAAAUCCAAUUGCAGCAACACAUCAGGCAGGGGCCGUGGUAGGGGUAUGCGACGUGGCCGCGGAAGGGGCAGGGGUAGAAGUUAUUAGAUUGACUCUGCCACUAUCAGGACGCUUUCAAUGCUCCCUUUCAUGAGGAAGAAAGCCUUUAUUUGGAAACUAUCAUCAACUAAUAAACCCUUGACUAAACCUUAA